AGCAUUAGAUGUUGCAUGUGUAGUUUAUUACAAACACACAAGCUCAUUUGUUUUGUACAUAGAAAGCGAGUAUCAAUUUUAAUUCCACUUUGUGUUGUAACAUUUCAUAUACAGAUAAAAUAUUAGAAAGUAGUUUUGUCUUUUGGAUAUUUGUGGAAAAAUGCAAUGUUUCUCAACGGUGGAUAAGUCCUACACGUACGCAUUCCGUCACUGGACAAAGGAGUCAGGCCCAACCAGCACCAGCGGAGGAGGUACAUCACGUAACGUUUCCUUUUAAUGAAAAUCUGACCGUACACGUGUACUCUUGGAUGUCCAACAAUAGUCAACACCUGAUCUUGACUAUCUUAAGACUGUAUACACCAGCUCAACGAACCACACUCAGUUCCGUAACAGAGUUUAGUUCAAAGCAGAAGCUGGAAAUCUAUGGGGCACGAAAACGCCGCCGUUUCAGAGAGUCAGCAUCACGACGACGCUGCCUCGGCUGCGUCGCCGGGAUUCAAGCUCGUCGGAUUCUCCAAGUUCGUGAGGAAGAAUCCAAAGUCCGACAAGUUCAAGGUAAAGCGCUUCCACCACAUCGAGUUCUGGUGCGGCGACGCCACCAACGUCGCCCGCCGCUUCUCGUGGGGACUCGGAAUGCGAUUCUCCGCUAAAUCCGAUCUCUCCACCGGAAACAUGGUUCACGCCUCCUACCUACUCACCUCCGGCGACCUCCGAUUCCUCUUCACCGCUCCCUACUCUCCCUCUCUCUCCGCCGGCGAGACCUCUACAGCCUCAAUCCCAUCCUUCGAUCACGUCUCUUGCCGCUCCUUCUUCUCUUCGCACGGACUCGGCGUUAGAGCAGUCGCCAUCGAAGUCGAAGACGCUGAGUCAGCAUUCUCCAUCAGCGUAGCAAACGGCGCCGUUCCUUCAUCCCCUCCUAACGUCCUCAACGGAGCCGUUACGAUCGCGGAAGUUAAACUAUACGGAGACGUCGUCCUCCGUUACGUUAGUUAUCAUAACGGAGCCGUUAAUUUCCUCCCCGGAUUUGAAUCUGUUGACGAUACGUCGUCGUUUCCGCUAGAUUACGGUAUACGCCGUCUCGACCACGCAGUGGGGAACGUCCCCGAGCUCGGCCCAGCUUUAACUUACCUCGCGGGGUUCACCGGCUUCCACCAGUUCGCGGAGUUCACGGCAGACGACGUGGGAACAGCCGAGAGCGGUUUAAACUCGGCUGUUUUAGCCAACAACGACGAGAUGGUUCUGUUGCCGGUGAACGAGCCGGUGCACGGGACGAAGAGGAAGAGCCAGAUCCAGACGUUUCUUGAACACAACGAAGGAGCCGGGCUGCAGCACUUGGCGCUGAUGAGCGAGGACAUAUUCAGGACGCUGAGGGAGAUGAGGAAGAGGAGCGGCGUUGGAGGGUUUGACUUCAUGCCUUCUCCUCCGCCUACUUAUUACAAGAAUCUCAAGAAGAGGAUUGGAGAUGUGCUGAGUGAUGAGCAGAUUAGGGAGUGUGAGGAGUUGGGGAUUCUUGUGGAUAGAGAUGAUCAGGGGACGUUGCUUCAGAUCUUUACAAAACCACUUGGUGACAGGCCGACGAUAUUUAUAGAGAUAAUACAGAGAGUGGGAUGCAUGAAGAAGGAUGAGGAAGGGAAGGUUUACCAGAGCGGAGGAUGUGGUGGGUUUGGUAAAGGUAACUUCUCUGAGCUCUUUAAGUCUAUUGAAGAGUAUGAGAAGACUCUUGAAGCCAAGCAGCUUGUGGGGUGAGUAAGAAGAAGAACUAAACUAAAAGGGUUGUAAUUGAUAUGUAAAACUGUUUUAUGUUAUACUAUAAAAUAGUAAACGAUGAUUACAGAAAUGUCUUCCCAUUUUUAGGUUCAGUAACAAUGUAUAAACUAAUGAAAAAUGUGUAAGCAAACACCCAAUAAAGAAGACUACAAAACUGUGAAAUGGACCAAACACACAGAGGAGUUAAAAGAUUCUAAGUUGAAUCGAACCCUCUUGGAGUGGUAAAUGUAGCAGACGACGGCUGCUCCGGCCACUGCAACCGCAACAGCCGCCAUAGCUCCACCAGAACCAGUAGUCAUACUAGUAGGGGACCGUGAAUUAAGCACAAUGCCAUUAAGUGGUUCUUCGAUCCAAUGAUUAUCUUCUCAGACUAAUCAAUCUGUCUCUAUAACUCCACAGUCUCUGAUUCCAUCGCCACCAUUUUAUUCUCUGACUCUCUCAAUGAAUCCUCCACAACCUUCUUAUCUGUUUUCCCUUCUGCAACGUUCGAUUCCAAACCAUUGAUCUUCUACUUCUACUUCAACUCACUCACUUCCUUCUCCUUGUUAUCAAUAUUAUCUCUCAUCUUCGUGUUCCUCUCCUCCAACUCUUUAACCUCCAGAUACCAAACUUGGUCUCCAACUCCUUCAUUCUCUUCUCGUUCUCCUCCUUUACACUUAUAAAACCAGUCACCUCCUUCUCCAACUUCUCAAUCCCAUCCCUUUUCUGAGAAACCUCAGACCGGAGCUUCUCUCCCCCCCCCCCCUCUGAAGCCGCGACACUUCUGUCUCGAGCUCUGAGGCUCUUACGCCUCGCCUUGGAUUCCUCUCCUCUCAACUCCUCCAUCUCCGCCGGCGUCAGACCGGUCUAUCGAUUCAACUCCGCUUAGUUUCACCAUCGUCAUGUUGAUCGGAAUCAUAGAAACUGUCAUCAUUCAUCAUUCUGCACCGUCUCUCCGCCGUUACUGCUUCUCUCUUCCGCCAUCUCCGGCAGUAACGAGGCCAACGAGGGAAUUGAAUCAAAUGUAUAAAGUAGAGAAAAAAUGAGGAAGGAAAGGUUUCGACUUUAUUAUGAUUUUUUUCCCGUAAAGAAAAGAGAGGAAAAAGGGUUUCGGGUUCCGACAAAUCAACGUUUAAGUACCGUACCGAUCAUGUCUGAAUCGACCAUAUCAGUCCUACGUGGCUAAUGUAAUGAUUUUUAUCCGGUUUGGUUCGAAAAAACCGGCACUAAUUAACUGGUUACUUUAAACCGUGGGUCGGAACUCGGAACCGUAAGACAGAGACUUUUCCAAGCUUUGACGUCUCCGUCCAAUUUUUGAUUUUUCUCUCUUUCACUACGAAUCUCUAAAAAGUUUGGACACUGUUUCAUAGAUCUCGAGUCUCCCUCGACUACCUGGAUCACGUUUUCUGCUGGAUUUACGCGGAAUUUUGAGUCAGAUAUGAACUGGGUUCAACGCAAAAUCUACCUUUACAAUGUCACGUUCGGGCUCUACAUGCUUGAUUGGUGGGAACGAUACCUCUUCAAUGGUUUGGUGGUAGUCUUGAUGUGGUUCGUAGCUUACAACGGUACACGCUACUUUUCAGAACUCUUCAAAAGGGAUCUUUUCAAAACGGAAGGAUAAGUCAAGCAUUGCCUUUGAUAUCACCUUGCCUUCAGUUUUCUCUUAUGCAUUUAGUUGGGGGCAUUUGACAUGAAAGCAGGCAGUGUUCCUGACACGGUAGAGCAUGAAGAGCCUGGAACCUCCCAAGGGCAUGCACGUCUAGUUUCAAGUUCAACAUAUACCUACAAAAACCUUUAUGCUGCUUCACCUCCCUUUCCGGCAUCUCCUCUGAUUAUGUUUUCCUCCAAAGUUCAUUGUCAAUGUAUCAUUUGUUUCUAUGUUUUUGGAACUGACAUAACUUAUUUAUUGAUGUAUAUCCAAUUCACUUUGAGACAUGACCAAACCAAUACUACAGUGUUUGUGGUGUCUUUAGUUA